AUGGGUUUAAAGCCUUCAAGGUUCUUCUGGUCGCUGAUCGAGAAGCCGUCGGUAACCAUCUCCGAAAUGCUCCAGCGCGCCAAUCAGUAUGUCAUCGCCGAAGCGUUCCACCAGGACCACGACCAUGACACGGAGGACUACUACGACCUCCAUAAUCAAAUAGAGGGACUGAUCUGGAGAGGCCACCUCGGACACUAUCUCAGGGAACUCCGAGAAGCAACUCCGCACCCCAAGGGACCCGUUGAAAGACAAAUCGAUGUCAUUUCCGGGGGACCAGCAGUCGGUGGCAAUAGCUCUAUGUCGAGGAAGGCCUACGCCCGUAGCAUGAUCGAGAAAGGACCCCGGUCCAAACAUGAGCCUGAAAUCACCUUCGGGGCCAAAGAAGUCGAGCGCUCCCAUCAUGAUGACGCUCUGGUGAUCUCUAUCCAGGUUGCCAAUGCCCGAGUCAAAAGGGUGAUGGUCGACACUGGGAGUUCCGCCGACAUCCUUUACUUUGAUGCCUUCAAGAAGCUCGGCUUGACCGAGAGAGACCUCACCCCCAUGGCGUCAACACUCAAAGGAUUCAUAGGGGAUUCCUGCUAG